AACCAAAUAAGGUAGCAAGCACGACUGGCCGGCCGGCCUUGUGUGACAUGAACUCAGUUCCUAAAGCAAAUAGUCCCACAGCCGAUGGUGGUGUGGAUGUGCUGUGUCUUUCCCUCUUUGGGCCUUCUGGUCGAUUCUGGUUCGCCUAUGAGCUCACAAUAAUCCUCCCAUCACACUGGAACGAACAUGGAACGCCAUACUUUUCGGUCUUUCCUCCAGUUCCAUUUCCAUUCUAUAGCAAUCGUACCUUGAUUCUGUAAUCUCACCAAGUCAAGGCUGCCGGCUGAUCCUUGCAGCCACACACUUCCCCUGGCAAAUGUGCCCAAUUAUACAAAGCUUAUCGCAAAAAUGUCGGUGCCUCCCCCUCAUAUAUCUACAGGACUUCCUUUAGUCCCUUGCAUGGAUCUGUUCGGAGUGAAUGCCAGUUAACCUAUCAUUCCCUGCGCUUACAGGUUGCUCUCCGAAAACAUGUCAAGCUUCAGUCCAGAGUUUACAAAAAGCUUCGCUCGGGAAACAUGGACUCUCUAUGCUGUGGGGAUGCUGGGUGUUUGCCUACGAUUCGUAGCUCGAAUACGUCGUUUAGGAAUCCGAAAUCUCCAGACAGAUGAUUACAUGAUGGUCUUCGCUGUCAUCUGGUAUACGAUCCUAUGUGUUUCACUGAACGAAGUCGUCAUCGUGGGGGGUUCGAACUUGAUGAGUGAAGAAGAUAUUAAAAACUUGACUCCGGGACUUAAAGCCGAUCGUGUGAGAGGAAGUAAAUGGGUCUUUGUCUCAGAACACUCAUUUGUCCUCGCGGUAUGGGCGAUGAAGGCCUGUAUGCUCAUCAUCUAUGCACGUAUAACGGAGGGGUUGCGGCAGAGGAAAUGGGUUAAUUAUCUCGCCGUAUAUGUCGGCCUCGGUUUUGUUGGUGUUGAAUUGUCUCUGUUCUUGAUUUGCCGACCCUUAUCGAUGUAUUGGGCUGUGCCUACAUCCUAUCAAUGUUCAAGCUACCAGUACUACGAAAUUAUCCAAGGAUGUAUAUCGAUUUCCGCAGACAUUCUGACGCUCCUUAUCGGGUUGCCACUUCUGCUGCAAGUACGCGUGCCCCUCAAGCAGAAGCUGAUACUUGUGGUUAUUUUCGGCAUGGGAGUUUUUGUUAUUGUUGCAGCAGUCCUGACAAAGGUUUACUGUCUCGUCCCGUCGCUCAUCUCAUACGUCUACAUGAAUUGGUACUUCCGAGAAGCAACCGUGGCAGUUCUUGUCACCAACCUACCACUCAUCUGGUCUCUCCUUCGCGAUGUAUUCCCAGCCCUCAAAAGCUGGACAGGGGGAUCCAAGCGAGCCACUGAUCGGUAUCGGUCUGGUCCGUGGACCAGCAAAGCCUCAGAGUACGGCCGGCGUUAUGGACCGUCGAGUCAGCUACGCUCAGGCGAUUUUAGCAUGCAUGAUUACAACCGAAGCAUCGCUACACCUCACAAGCCGGCUUCUGACGUUAGCAUACAAGCGAGUGACGAUCGGGAUGUGAGCGACGAUGGCUCCGACAGAGCUCUGAGAAUUCGGCAGGACGUUACUGUCACGGUGGAGCGCGAAUCCCGGCCUCCCGAAUUUUGGGGAUCACAUCAUACCAAGACCGAAAGUCUGAACGGGGUCCAUCAACCGCAGCCAUGAAGCAUACGAUUUUUAGCCUAGUGCUUUUUUUUUUUUAAAAAAAA